CGCUCCCCCCUCCCUCUGCGCGGUGACGUGUGCGAGCCCCGGGAAGAGGCCCCUGCGCGCGGGCGCGUGGCGGAGGCGGGAAGCGGCAGCGGGGAGCCGGCGCUAGCGGAGCUGAGCAGAGCAGCUCGGUCGCCCUGAGGCAACAAUGGCAGGUGAAGACUGCAUAAGAAAACGCCCCUCAGGCUCCACUACAACCUCCAAGACCCCUGAGAAUGAAGAAACACAGAGGAGACCUGAGGGCGAGAGGUCAUUUCAAAACUCAAGCAAUGGCCGGGUUGAUGUUGACCAUGUGAUAACAAGGAAAAUGCAGCUAAUAGCAGAAGCUGAGCAACUGAAGCCAGCUUUCAUGAAGGAAGUGGACAGUCACUUCACAGAAUUUGUGAACAAUUUGGUGGCGAAAUCAGCACUCCUGGAUUCCUCAUCUUCAGCCUCCUUAUUCCCAGCUUCCUGUUCAGAGAAGGAACUGCUCAAAGCCAGGACCUUAAGGGCCCCUCCAGAACAUGGGAAGAUCUUUACUGCCAGGAGAUCCCUUUUAGAUGAGCUGUUUGAAGUAAGUCACAUCAGGACGAUCUACCACAUGUUCAUCGCUCUUCUCAUUGUCUUCAUCCUCAGCACGCUUCUAGUAGACUUCAUUGAUGAAGGAAGGCUGGUCCUAGGAUUUGACCUCUUGGUCUUUGUUUUUGGCAAGUUCCCAAUCGUCUUCUGUACUUGGCUGUGCAUGUUCUGUGCCACAGUUACUGUUCCAUACAACCUUUUUGUCUGGUGGGCCCAAGGCUAUUGCAGUUCUUCUCGUCGGGCAAUCCGCUCUCUCUGCUAUGGAAUGUUGUUCACACUGUUCCAAACAGCUGGACUCGGACUGGGACCAACCUAUAUUGCUGUAUCAUAUGCCCUGCCUCCAGCUUCCCGUUUCAUUGUAAUAUUGGAACAGGUUCGUCUUGUUAUGAAGGCUCAUUCAUUCAUCCGGGAAAACGUACCCAGAGUCCUAUGUUCUGUAAAGGACAAGUCCGGCACAGUACCUAUUCCCAGAAUUUCUCAGUACCUGUACUUCCUCUUUGCUCCCACCCUUAUCUACAGAGACAACUAUCCCAGGAAUCCCACAGUAAGAUGGGGCUAUGUAGCUACCAAAUUUGCACAGGUGCUUGGUUCACUUUUUUAUGCCUAUUACAUCUUUGUGAGACUCUGCAUUCCUCAGUUUCGCAACAGUAGUCAAGAAACCUUCAAUCUUCGAGGGCUGGUCCUCUGCAUCUUCAACUCCAUUCUGCCAGGUGUACUGAUUCUCUUCCUGGUUUUCUUUGCGUUCCUUCACUGUUGGCUCAAUGCGUUUGCUGAGAUGCUGCACUUUGCAGAUAGGAUGUUUUACAAGGACUGGUGGAAUUCCACUUCCUAUGCAAACUACUACCGAACCUGGAACGUAGUAGUACAUGACUGGCUCUAUUACUAUGCCUACAGGGACUUCCUUUGGUUUUUUGGUAAGAAGUUCAAAGCAGCAGCUAUGCUAUCUGUCUUCACAGUAUCAGCUGCUGUGCACGAAUAUGUUCUGAGCAUCUGCUUCGGCUUCUUCUAUCCAGUUCUCUUUUGCCUGUUUAUGUGUUUUGGAAUGGUCUUCAACUUCAUCCUUAAUGACCGUCGGAAGGGCCCCAUCUGGAACGUGAUCAUGUGGACUUCCCUCUUCCUGGGCCAAGGUGUCAUCAUUUGCCUGUAUAGUCAGGAGUGGUAUGCUCGCCACUACUGCCCUGUGGAAAAUCCCUCAUUCCUGGACUACUUAAAACCACGCUCAUGGUCAUGUCAUAUGAAGAUGUAAAAAUGGUGUGCUCUGGCCACGUCAUCGCAGAAUAUCAGAGUUGUCCUCCAAGUGUUUGGACCAAUGACCUAACUUACUAUGGAUUUUUCUAACAGAAGUUGUGCCUCCUGAUUACCGGGGAGAAACUGUAAUUUUUUUAAACAUUACUGAAGCAAACCAGUUGACCUGGUUUGCAACAGGCUUUAGGCAGUAUCUAGUAUGUGCUGUCUCACUUUGAGCCAUUUCAUGCCAGUAAAACAUUGAGCUGAAA